GGGAAGGCAUGGAUUCUGUAGUCCUCCAGCUGUGGGCUGGCCUCUCUCUCUUGGUUCACCUUGCCUCUUGCAGUCCCAUCCUGAGCUUGGAGCAYUCUUCCUUGGAGGAGGACGUGCCUCUUUUUGAUGAGGUCCUCUCUGAGCAGGAUGGGGUUGAUUUCAAUACGCUGCUUCAGAACAUGAAAAACGAGUUCCUGAAGACGUUGAACCUCUCUGACAUCCCCCUGCACGAGACGGCCAAGGUGGACCCACCAGAGUACAUGCUAGAGCUGUACAACAAGUUUGCCACCGAUAGGACAUCUAUGCCAUCUGCAAAUAUUAUUAGGAGCUUCAAAAAUGAAGACUUGGCUUCCCACCCUAUUGGUGUUGUAGGAACUCGGAAAUACCCCCUUCUAUUCAAUGUAUCCAUCCCUCACCAUGAAGAAAUCACCAUGGCGGAGCUGAGGCUCUACACCCUGGUGGAGCGGGACCGAAUGCUCUACGAUGGCCUUGACCGGAAGGUCACCAUCUUUGAAGUGCUGGAGAGUGACCACAUGGGGGUAGGAGAAGAGCGAAAGAUGGUGGCACUCGCAUCUAGGCAGAUUUAUGGCAAAAACAGCGAGUGGGAAACAUUCGAGGUGACCGAAGCCAUCAGGCGCUGGCGAAGGGCAGGCCUGACCACGCACCGGCUGGAAGUUCAUAUAGAGAGCAGGGAAGGGGAGGAGCAGAAUGGAGAGGGGAAGCUCGAUAUCGACAUCAACUCUGAGGCCAAGCAUGUGCCCCUGCUGAUUGUGUUCUCCGAUGACCAAAGCAAUGACAAGAAAGAGGAGAAGCAAGAACUGAAUGAAAUGAUAAACCAUGAGCAACUCCUGGACUUGGAGAACCUGGAAGUCGGCAACUUCCACGACCGGCCUGGCGAGGAGGCGCUGCUCCAAAUGCGCUCCAACAUCAUCUACGACUCUACCGCCCGCAUCCGGAGGAACGCGAAAGGCAACUACUGCAAAAAGACUCCGCUCUACAUAGAUUUCAAGGAGAUCGGCUGGGAUUCCUGGAUCAUUGCGCCAGCGGGAUACGAAGCCUAUGAGUGCCAUGGAGUGUGCGCCUACCCCUUAACGGAGCACGUCACGCCAACGAAACAUGCCAUUGUGCAGACUUUGGUUCACCUGAAGAACCCCCAGAAAGCCUCCAAGGCCUGCUGCGUGCCCACCAAGCUCGACCCCAUCUCUAUUCUCUACCUAGAUGCAGGGGUUGUCACCUACAAGUUCAAAUACGAGGGCAUGGUGGUAUCGGAAUGCGGCUGCAGAUAGUAGGAACACAUGCACGGGGGAGUGCACAGGGGAAGUAUUUAAUGAUUCAGUC